AAUAAUAUUUUAAUCGCCGCCGGAAGAAAUAGUGUUCUGCGAUUUAUAAUAAUCUUUUAUCUAAAAUAACCUAGUCGAUUGGUGUUCAGUGUUAAGUGUUAGAACUGCGAGCGCACAACAACCUAGUUUUGACCCAAGAAAAAAUAAAAAUUAGAAAAUCUCAAUGACGAUUUACGGCAUUGUUGUCUAGUUCUUACCAUGUCCUGUAAUUCGUGUUCGAAAUCGUUUUCGCUCCUCCGACAAGAAAAAGGUUGUCCCGGUUGUGGCUUUAGCUACUGUUCAAAAUGCUUGAACCACAAAGUCUUCUUACAAAAACUUAAUGCUGAAGUAAAGGUUUGCACUAAAUGUAAACAACAAGCUAAUAAAAAUGAUAAUGAACCCACAACAAUUGAACCACCUGAUGCAUAUUAUAGAAGGAUUGGUAUCCCUACUGAUUGUGCAAUGAAUAAAGAAGUUUCAUCCAACACAACAGAUCAAUUAAUUUAUGAAAAAUUAAAGAAAUUGAAAGAAGGCAAUCAAGAAAAUUUGACAAAAGUAAAUAAUGAGGAUAUUAUUGCCCGUUUACAAAAACUUAAAGAUGAUAUUCCUUCUACAUCAACCACUGAAUUAGAAUUUAGAUUGGCAAAUUUAAAAGGAGUUCCAACUAGUGCAGUUCAGAGUAAGCCAUUGUUGCCAGGUCCUGACUUAAGAACAGAACAAGAACAAGCAGAUGAUCUCAUGAAGCAAUAUAUGGCACAGUCGCACAUUGAUACUAAAUAUAAAGAAGAAUUUGAUGUCCUAGUUAAUGAUAUUGAAACUAGAUUGCAGAAACUUAAGGGAACUUACACUUCUGGUCAAAAGAAACCCUCUGUCACAGAGAACAAUGAAAAAUCUGAUGAUGAAGAAGAAAUAGUUAAAAAAAUUAUUCACAGGGCCAAAGAACAAACUAGUGUAGAAGAAAAUGAAGUUUGUGAUUCUGGACUAGAGGAGCUACCAUUUUGCGAAAUUUGUAACGAGGAUGCAAAGAUGCGUUGCCGUGGCUGCAAAUAUUUGUUCUGCAAGAGGUGUUUUUGUGAACAUAAAGAUGAUGAUGAUGGUUGUGAUAGUUAUGAUCCAUAUACAGCACCUAAGACAUCUUGAUUAUAAAAGUUUUCUGUAAAUAUAAUAUGUUAUAAUACAAAUUAAUAUAUUUACUGCUAAGUUUAAUUGAAAUAAAAUAAUUUUUGUACAUGCA